UACAAUUUGACAAAGGAAUCAAUUUAACUAAUUUCAAGGAACAUGGCCGACACCUCAGAACUUGAAGUGCUUUUCGCCAAGAUUGGUCUUGCUGAUGCCAAGACCAAAGAAAUUUUAAAGAACAAGAAGGUUUCCAAAUCUCUUGCUGAAAUCAUCGGCGAAGCUGAUGUUAGCUCAACAGUAGAAGACAAGAAAAUCGCCUUACUUCAUUCUUUGGCUUCUGAAUCGAAAGGUGCAGAAGUACCACAUAGAGAACUUGUGACUAAGGCUAUCAUCGGUGGCCGUUUGAAGACUAAUUUGCAAGUUUCUGAAGCUUUCAAGUAUGUUAAGGCGAAUCCUGAAACCGUCAACGUAGCCACCAUGGAGGAGCAUUCUGGUGUUGGUGUAGAGCUUACUGAAGCACAAGUUAAGAAUGAAAUUGUCAAGUACAUUCAAGCUAACAAGGAAGACAUUGAAACCAAGAGAUACUCUUGUGUUCCAAGUCUUUUAGGACAAGUUAAAAAGAUCCCUGAAUUGAAAUGGGCUUCUCCAAACUUGUUUAAGCCACUUAUUGAUGCUGAAAUCCUCACCUUAUUAGGUCCUAAAGAUGAAAGAGACAUUGUCAAGAAGGAAAAGAAGAAGGCUGACCCUGGUGCCAACAAGAAGAAGGCUACUGCUGCCGUUCCAGAAAAGCCAAGAUCUAUGUUUUCUGAAGGUUUCCUUGGUGAAUUACACAAGCCAGGUGGAAACCCACAAAAAUAUCCUGAGCUCAUGAAGGAACACUUGGCAGCUACUGGUGGUAGGGUUCAAACCAGAUUCCCACCUGAACCUAAUGGAUAUUUACACAUUGGACAUUCCAAGGCUAUUAUGGUCAACUUUGGAUAUGCCAAAUUCCAUGAUGGUGUGUGUUACUUGCGUUUCGAUGACACUAACCCUGAAGCUGAAGAAGAACGUUACUUCCUUUCCAUUAUUGACAUGGUUAGCUGGUUAGGAUUCAAACCAUGGAAGAUUACCUAUUCUUCUGAUUACUUCGAUGAGUUGUAUGCCUUGGCUGAAAGACUUAUUGAAUCUGGAUUGGGUUACAUUUGUCACUGUACUGCUGAACAAGUUAAGUUCCAUAGAGGUCAAAAGGCUGAUGGUACCUUGGGUGGUGAAAGAUCGGCCUGUGAACACCGUGGGAAGUCUAUUGAAACUAACUUGGAACAAUUCAGAAAGAUGAGAGAUGGAUUCUACAAGCCUGGUGAAGCUACCUUAAGAAUGAAGCAAGAUUUGGAAUCAAACUCUCCACAAAUGUGGGAUUUGGUUGCAUACAGAGUCUUGAAUGCUCCUCAUCAUAGAACUGGUGACAAGUGGAAGAUUUAUCCAACUUAUGAUUUCACUCACUGUCUUGUUGAUUCUUUUGAAAACAUUUCUCACUCCUUAUGUACUACUGAAUUCAUUCUUUCUAGAGAAUCUUACGAAUGGCUUUGUGAUGCCUUGAAGGUUUAUAGACCUGCUCAAAGAGAAUAUGGUAGACUUAAUAUCACUGGUACUAUCAUGUCCAAGAGAAAGAUUGCCAAGUUAGUUAACGAAGGUUAUGUUAGAGGAUGGGAUGAUCCAAGAUUGUAUACCUUGGAGGCCAUUAGACGUAGAGGUGUUCCACCAGGAGCCAUUUUGUCCUUUAUUAACACCUUGGGUGUUACCACUAACACCACCAACAUCCAAGCCGUUAGACUUGAUAGUGCUGUGAGAGCCUACUUAGAUGGUACUACUCCAAGAUUAAUGAUGAUUUUGGACCCAAUAAAGGUUGUUAUUGACAACGUUCCAGAAGAUUAUGAAGAAUUAAUUGAAAUCCCAUUUAAGCCAGGUUCAAAGGAUGAAACUUUCGGUACUAGAAAGUUACCAUUCACCAAGGUUAUUUACAUUGAUAGAUCUGAUUACAGAGAUGAAGUUUCUAAGGAUUACUUCAGAUUAGCCCCAGGUCAACCAGUUGGUUUAAUGAAGGUUCCUUUCAACAUCAGUGUUAAAUCCGUUGAAAAGGAUGCUGAAGGAAAUGUCACAUUGGUACAUGCUCAUUACGAUAAUGAAGCGGUAAAGAAGCCAAAGACUUUCAUUCAAUGGUUACCUGAACAAGAAAAGAUUGGCUCUCCAUUGAAAGUUGCCGAAGUUAGAAUCCACAAGGCCUUGUUCAAGUCGGACAACCCAUCUGCACACCCAGAUGGAUUUUUGGCUGACAUUGAUGAAAACUCUGAAGAAGUUUACAAGAAUGCUCUCAUUGAACCAUCAUUUGCUGAAAUUAAGAGUAAAUCUCCAUUAAACAUCAAGGUUCCUGACUCUGACUUCAACAUCGAAGAAAAGGCUGGAAGACCUGAAUCGGUUAGAUUCCAAGCAUUGAGAGUUGGUUACUUCUGUAUGGAUAAGGAAACUACUGAUGAUAAGUUGAUUCUUAACAGAAUUGUCACUUUAAAAGAAGAUUCUGCAAAGAACUAGAAGAUUAGAUCCCCCAUUGAUAUAAAUUAAAUCUGUUGUAGAGUAUUCUAAAAAUAUACUAA